UGGGUAAUUGUGGAAGCACAUUAAACAAUUAUUGUGCUAUGAAAUGCGAUCGUAGCAUAUACUCGUACUAUAUGGAUGUAAUAUUAUUUGGUGUUAUUUCCCUGAUAUUGUUGGGUAUUUUUCUAUACUUCACGUUAUAUUUGUAAAGUUUGCAACUAUGAAACAUUUAUAAAAUACAAUGGAAAAAGACCAAAACAACUCACACAUAGAAAUAGCACAUGGCUUAAAUUCACCUGAUGUCCGAAAUAAUAAUAACAUACCUUUCGUCGAUGACACCAUUGAGCUAGAGUACGUCAGAAACAAUGCAAAGCCAAAACCAUUUGAUAUUGAAAGCGGCGAUCCUGGGAGAGAAGCUAGAAACCCUAAAAUCCAUGCAGCAGACUUAGGUGCGAUACACACACCCAACAAAGAUACCAUUGUUGUAGAUACACCUGAAGGAACAUUAUACAUCACCUUAGAUCCAGAUUCAUCUAGGUCUUCUAAAGUUACAAGCCCCAACAGUCCUAGUACACAGUCUACAGAUGUGACUGAUUCACCAACGCCGUCCAAAGCCCAAGAUCCUGAUGAAUUGAUACAAUCAGAACGAGAAAUAGAACAGAGGAUGACUGGAUUGAGGAGAAACUCGAUAUCGAUGCCGACCUUACCGAACCUGGAGUUACUGAGACAAGGGUAUAUCAGUAACACUCAGGAAAAGAUACCGGAGCACCACCAGAGCGCGGGCUCCGGGUUCAGCGACGACAACAACACCGCCGAAGACACCACCGCUCUCUCCGACGAUGACCGCGCCAAAUCACCUCUGCGAUCUCCGCGGCGGAAGUCCCGGCGCUACCGGUCGGAGUUCAGCAUGGAUGAGGACUACUCUCCCAACAACUCUGUCACGUCGGUCAACUCACUCGCCUCCCUACUCAAGGAGAAGCUUCAGAGUAUUCCUCAAAAGAUACGCAAGAAACCCACUGACUACAAGCUCCGAGCGUUCGUUCUCCUCAUGUUCCUGGCGGUCGCUUUCUUCAUCGGGUUCGCGUACACACUGUAUCACCAGAAGGCGCUGACGAAGGCCUACUUCCAGAGCGUGCAGUUCAACGAACCCAAGAGAAUGAUCCGCAUUUACAAUAGAGAUGACGUCGAAAUACUGAGAGCGCAUCUAGCGGUAGGGUUAGAGGGCAAGAAGAAAGCGUUUCCAUGUCUGCCAGAAGAUCGCCGGUCAGAUGGCUCCGAAUGUUUGGAGUGGCUGAACAACCUCAGAUUCUAUCUCAAGUCGUUGCCACACGACCCUGGAGUUGAUAACACAACUUGUUAUGCAAUACAUUGGAAAGCUCUACGAUCAGAUGUCACGCCAACGGACUGCUUUGAUUGGAGCGAAACAAAAACUCAUUGGUAUGGUGGUGGCCAAUCGCUUAACUUAACUUGGCCAUUAGAUUCAGGAACCCUCGAUUUCACCCCAUUUAUAACUGGAGAUAUGCAGAAACAGCAGCUAGGAAAUGUUCUCACACGAUAUCUGAUAAACUCUAAGGGAGCCGCCAUUAUCAUUAACGAUGACACACCUCUGCAUAUAUCUGUGAAUAAUGGAAGAAGGCAAAUAUGUAUCAAAGCUGAAUAUGAUGGUUUUGCUUUUGCCAACAAGUUGACAGAAUUUGCUGAAAUGAAAUAUAACAUAUGCACUUCCGUUGAUAUGAAGUCUUUACAUUCCUCUAUCCAUAGUCAUAGAAGAGCUCCUUUGUGGGAUGGGCUAAAACCAGCUGACAUGCUAUCUCUAGAGUCUCUCAUAUCAGAACCUGUUUGGCAAAUAGCUCCUCGCUUCAAACACGAACUAAGAGCUGAAACAAUUUCUAAAUAUACUGAAGAUGUCAUUGAUUUGGGAUUUUUAAAACUAGGCCAUGUAUUGGUAAAUGAAUUUUGGCAGAAUGAAAUUGGUGAUCUAAGUAUAGAUAUGAAUCGGUUUCUAACGUUAAAUUCAACUGUUGAUAAGUUACACAGAAGAGGAUUUAAAGUAGCUUUUACACUUCAACCUUAUAUAAGUACAGAAAGUGUUAACUUUGCUGAAACUGUCCAGAAAAGAUUGCUUAUAACUGAACGUAAUGGCGAUAGAAGAAUACCAGCUCUUACACGUUUUAAGUCUUUAGACAGUGCAGGGGUGUUAGAUGUGACUGACCCAAGAGCUAAAGCCUGGAUACUAGAAAAAUUGCAAAUGGUCAUAGAUGAACAUCAUAUUGAUGCAUUUUAUUUUGAUUUAGGCACAGCAUACGAUAUGCCACAUUACUACCGGUGUGAAAAACGUCUCAUAAAUCCUGAUCAGUAUAAGACUGCGUUUGUAAAAUCAUUUGAAAGGACUUUAAAUAUAAUAGGUGUUUCGUCUGCAAUCAGUUUGCCGAGACCUCCCAUCUUUGUUUCUUUACCACCAUUUGAGUCCUCUUGGGACGCUUUAAGAACAGUUAUUCCUACCAUGUUAACGUACGGUGUUAACGGAUAUCCUUUUAUUAUGCCGGGGGCAGUGGGUGGUGAUAUAUAUUGGCCCGGAAGUGAACAAUUUCUUCCAUCAGCGAAAGGAUCUCUUGACUCGAAUGCAACUAACUCGACUCAAGAAAAUGGUAUAGCCUUACCAGAGAAAGAGUUGUACAUGAGAUGGUUACAAAUGGCGACAUUUUUGCCAGUAAUGAAGUUUACUCAUCUACCGAGUAAAUACAAUGACGAGAGAGUGUUAGAAAUGGCCAAGAAUCUAACUUUACUGAGGCAAAAAUUUGUAACACCACUGUUGUUGAAGUACAAGCGGGAGGCUCUGGAGGAAGGCUUGCCGCUGAUUCGUCCUCUGUGGCUGGUGGCGGAUGGAGACCCCACGCUGCUUGUGAAAGAUGAGUUCGCUAUUGGUGAUGAGAUUGUGGUGGCCCCGGUGCUGCAUCAAGGACAGACAACUAGAGAAGUGUAUCUCCCGACCGGCUUGUGGCAGGAUGGUAUAGAUGGCUCCUUGAGAAAAGGGAAUCGUUGGAUGCACGAGUACAAAGUACCGACCGAUCGUGUAGCUUACUUCCUCAGGAAGCCUGAUGAUAUGAGAUUCAGAUGAAUAAUGCAGCAUUCCAAAAUUGCAUGUUGACUACAUCAAUAUAUCAUCUCACUAAGUAGAGUCGAUAAUGUCAUUUUAGACACUUUAAUAAUAUAACCAUAGAUUACGGAUUGGUUUCGCUGCGUUCCAACUAGAUACCGCACUACCUAAGAACAAAAAGCUUUUUUAUUAAUAUUAGAUGCUUGUAGCGUGGCAUCUUGACACUUAACGGCAUCUUUCAAAUUUAGUAACAUACGCUUCGUGUGGUUUUACAUUGAAAUUAAUAAAUUACAAAGUACUCACUGAUGAUAUGUGAUCCCAGUGUAUUUCUCAGUCCUUAAUUAUUAGCAAAGUUCAACAGAACAAAAGAACAUGUGGCAUGUCAACGUCACACAUUGCUCGAGACUGGCUCGAGUACGCCAGCUUGGGCGUAAUAUUAGUUGAUGCACUUUGCGACUACGCCUUCGGUAUGUAGUUGGAGCGCAGCGGAGACCAAUCCUUAAUAUAAGAAUACAAUAUUGAUUUAUAUACAUUUGAUACCUUGAAAUUUUAAAACGAUAAUGUGCGUGUCUUAAUACUGAAUUUUGCAAUUAUUUAUUCAACUUUGUAUUGGUUCUUAUCUAUUUCAUGUACGAAUCAAUUUUUUUGUAAUGAUCAUCAUAGUACAGAUACUUCUGAUAACGUAUAUAUAUAUGUAGUCAAAGUCAAAGUAAAAAAAUCUUUAUUUACUGUAAAACUUUAUAAGUUAUGUAGUGCAAGUCAGGAUGAAGUACAAAAGUUACAAUAGCAUUCAAAUGAGUAUAACAAUAUUCAUUAACAAAAUUUAGAACAUUAAUCCCAACUAUCUUUAUCAUUCAAAUAAUCUUUUACAUUAUAAUAGGCCCAAGAUGUUAAUUUAUUUUUUACGACACAUUUAAAUUUUUUAAUAUAUAUAUAUAUUAAACCGUAUAUUGAUAUCAAAAAAAUAAGUUACAAUUGUAAUUAGUCAUUACUUUCAUUUACGUGACUAUUUACUAUGUUGCUAACUGGUGUCAAUAUAAAAUCUGUCUUUAUGACAUAUGAGACUAUACUAAUAACUUAUUAUAUCACUUGUGUAACUAACAGCAUGUUAUUAUAAAGAUUUUGAAUGUUGUAUCAGAGCUGACUAGCACUAAAUACUCUUUAUAAAUUGAUAUGUGUUAAGUAUAGUAUUUUGCUAUGUAUAUAUACUUAAUAUAUAGCAAAUUUUGUUUAUCCAUUGCCAAAAGAGUUGUGAUUAUAUAAUGUUGUCAUUUAUAUAUAUAACUAACAGAUCCCGCCGGGCGAAUUUAAAAGGUAGGAGCGUUGGAAUUUGAAAAAAUAAACCAGCUAGGAUAAAUUUCGCAUCCAAUAGUGGUAGUUUCAUCUCGAUACGAUCAGUGGUUUAGGCGUGAAAGAGCCUCAAAGAAAGACUAUUUUAAUUAUAUAUCUAGAAAAAUAUGUUUUAGUUCGCUCGGUACAAUUUCAUAAGUAGUAUCUACCUGUUUGGACUCAAAGGCCUAGCUUGUCAAAAUUGGAAGAAAGGAAAUGAUUCUAGGAAGGUGGAAGAUGGCAUUACAAUUAGAUCAUCUACAACAUUAAGCUUGUACCACAUUCAUCUUAUGCUUUUUAUUUGAUUCGAUUGUACGAAUUCAGACAUUUUCAUAUGAAAGCAAUUUGGCAGGGUCGUGUAUUGAUUAUACAGGAUGUGCCAAAGUUAUGGGACAUGAAGGAAAAGUACCAACAGAAUUGUGCCAUAUCAUAUCGAGUAUUCACCAUAAAAUAAUAAGAAAAUCAACAGGCAGCGGACUCAUUAAAAGAUUGGCGAUUUGCGUAAGACAAGAGGGAUCACAUUUGAGCAUUUAAUUAAUUAAUUUAGAAAAAAAUACCCACUCAAUUGACUACUUUCUUUUAAAAUACUAUGUUACUUAAGAAGAGUUAUUAGGUUUUGCCCAUUCUUUCGAUUGGCAUUAUAAAAGUAGGGAUGUUUUUUUUAUACAUUUCAGUCGGUUCGAUUCCCAGGCGAGGCAAGUAAUUUUUAGAAAAUCUUUGAAUGCAGAAGUACAAACUUUUAAAAGUAAAAUAAAGUCUUGUUUCAGUAAAAAAGCCUAUCUUCGAUAUUUAAGGUACUUUUCAUUCAUGUCCCAUAACUUUGGCACAUCCUGUAUGUAUGCAUUGUUUUUUUUUAAACUCUAGCUUUUAUCGGCCUUGUUUUUAUGAACUUGGCUCGUCAAUGACAAGCUUUAAUACGGGUUCAAUAUAGAGUAAAUUGAUUUCAAUGUAAUUACUUCUAUAUGGCUAAGAAAAGCUCCAAUAAGUGCUUAUUUUCUUACGCGACUUCCACAUAUGGAAUGACCUUCUACGAUUGAGUUCACAACUCGAUAGACUUAUCCUAAUCAAUUUUUUUUUGUGUGUUGAACUCUCCAAGAAUGUAAUUUGGCCAUAAAUUAUGUUACAAAUAAUAAUGCAUUUAUAUUUUUAUAACGUAAUGUAAUCUUGGCAUAACCUAUAUGUAUUUAUUGAUUGAAGUCUAUAUUAAAAUUUUUAUAUUAUUAUCUUUACUGCAGGCCUUCCAUCUGUCUGGCCACGAAUCUUUCAAUUUACGCACGGUUUCUUUUGGAAAUUCAGUCACUGCACUUUCUAGAUAUUCCUUCAGAGACUCGUUGUUGGCGUGUCAUUUAGAGCAGUUCAUGUUUUAUAAAAUGACCAUUAUGUUUAGUCCAAUUGGUUCGGAACUGUUCGGAGCUGAUGAUACUCAGCAUGAAAAUGGAUUGUUUUGAGGAAGUUAUAAUUCCCGCGCUUAAGAAAGACGUCAGUUCCAGGCAGACCACCAAUCAAAAGCACCGUUUGAAUUCUGACAAUUGGUGUUUUAAUAUUUUAAUGUUAAUCAUUGCGCACUGGCCUGUUUAAAUACCACUGGACAAGCUCUUCUAUAUGUUUGACAGCCAUUUUUUUGUGCCUAUUUGAUGCGCCACUCGCGAGCGUCCAGAGAACUAAUUUUGGCGAAUAAUACAAAUGGCUGCAAGAGAAGCGUACAAUACUACGAAGUAUUUUUGCAAUGUGAAUUUAUUUCGGUCGUUUUCCCUGUUAUUUAUACUUCAGGACUGAACUUAUAAAGUGCACGUUUUUUUUUGUAAUUAGUUUUCCUAUCGAUGUUUGUUUAGCUGCGGUUAUCAUCACUAGUUUUAUUACCGCAGACUCUCGCUACAUGGCCAACAGAGCCAAAAUGGCGAAUAUCAAACAGUCACAAAAGCUCUUUGACAGCCGCCAGUCCAGUGGUAUAUAGUAGAGACGUCAUUGUUAUCGCGCUAUUAAAUUUAACUCAAUACAUCAGGCUAUUUAGUACAUACCUACCUGUCGGCUAGAGGACGUACAUAGUAACAUUAUUAUAUAUAAGAGAGAUGACUGGGACGAUUCCCAAAUUAGUAAAUCUAGUCUUUAUUUUUAAUAGCAAUAAUGUUAAGCAAAUAAAAAUGACCGUAUUCCAUAUUUACACGUUACUAUUGUAAUUAAUUAUAUAAUUACUAU